GAGUCACUCGGCAGUUCGUCUCCCCAAUCUGACCCUUCAGAGAUGCCAAACUCUUUCCACGGGGGUGCUCAGCAUUUCUGGAAUUCGAGACCCCGCCACGUUGGUUGCUUUGCAGCAAACCCAAAGUCAGGUUCCUUGUAAAGCCAGCUGUCUUUCUCCUAAAGCUCUUGACAAUUGGUCGAAAGCCAAAUGGCAAGGCCCUGGCUUGCCUUUUUCCCAUAGUUCUUAGGCAAAUCUUCUAAAGACAACACAGAAGCUGACUAAAGACGCCUGGGAUUUGACCUCUGUGGUUUUCUGGGGUUUGUUUUUUUGGUACUUGCCUGUGUAAAAGCAGUGAUUUAGAAGGCGCUAAUAUUUAAUUUGGCUUGUGCAUGAGCGUCAGAGCUUUCACACAGUUGUAAGUAACGUGGCUUUCUCAGAGCUGGGAGAUUUACUCGAGGUUGUCAUGCCCAGGUGGCAUACAGUGACUCAGAUGGCAAACCCACCCAUUCAAGCUGCAGAGACAGGACAUACGUUACGUGAGCCAAAAGGCUCUUUCAGAGGAAGACUGGGAUUAAAAAUGACUCUGGAUGCUUUAUCCCCUUCCUCACAGGCAAUAUAUGAAAUGUCCAGGGGAGAGCAGGACCUGAUCGAAGACCUGAAGCUUGCCAGGAAGGCCUAUCAUGAUCCCAUGCUAAAACUCUCUAUCAUGUCUGAGGAAGAACUCACCCACAUAUUUGGGGACUUGGAUUCUUAUAUCCCUCUGCAUGAAGACUUGUUGGCAAGUUUAGGAGAAGCAACAAAACCAGAUGGAACAGUGGAGCAGAUCGGGCCCAUUCUUGUGAAGUGGUUACCACGACUCCAUGCCUACAAAGGCUACUGUAGCAAUCAGCUGGCAGCCAAAGCGCUUCUGGACCAGAAGAAGCAGGACCGGAGAGUGCAGGACUUCCUUCAGCGCUGCCUGGAGUCUCCUUUUAGCCGCAAGCUAGACCUUUGGAGCUUCUUGGACAUUCCUCGGAGUCGGCUGGUCAAAUACCCCUUGCUCCUAAAAGAGAUCCUAAGACACACUCCCAAAGACCAUCCUGAUACCCAGAUUCUGGAAGAAGCCAUAUCUAUCAUCCAAGGAGUCCUCUCUGACAUCAACCUGAAGAAGGGAGAGUCAGAGUGCCAGUAUUACAUUGACAAGCUGGAGUACCUGGACGAGAAGCAGAAGGACCCGAGGAUUGAAGGCAGCAAAGCUUUACUGUGCCAUGGAGAGCUGAAGAAUAAAAAUGGACACAAACUCUACGUCUUCCUCUUCCAAGACAUCCUGGUUUUGACCCGUCCGGUCACUCGCAAUGAGCGUCAGGCCUACCAAGUGUACAGGCAGCCGAUCCCCAUCCAGGAGCUCCUCCUCGAAGACCUGCAAGAUGGUGAUGUGAAAAUGGGAGGAUCCUUCCGAGGGGCUUUUGGCAAUUCCGAUAAAGCUAAAAAUAUCUUCCGAGUUCGUUUCCAAGAUCCCUCCACGGGCCAGUCGCACACCCUGCAGGCCAACGACGUCUUCCACAAGCAGCAAUGGGUUAACUGCAUCCGCACCGCCAUCGCUCCUUUCCAGCCACCUGCUGCCUCACCGGAGCUGAAGGAGCUGCCGGAGCUGAGCGAGGAGUCGGAGGAGAACAACCCCUCGGCACCCAACGCCAAAGCCCAGAAGAGGCAGUCUGGCGUGACCGAGAUGGAGCUGGACGAAAGCGUGUCCGAGUGUGGCUCCGUCCUGGACUCGGAGGAAGCCAAGGGUGAGAAAACACUCAGAAUGUCGUCUGGGCACAGGAAAUCCAGGGAGAAGCAGCUAAGUGGCAAGCGGAAAGAAACGCUGGUGUAA